AUGUCCGAAAAUGAGGACAAAAUUGCGGAGGACGAUAUGUUCAUCCGCUGGGUGCAUGGCGUUCGACGCCUCAGUAGCAUGCACGCGCUACGCGAAAGUGCCGGUGUGGCAGACAUUCGUGUAAAGCGAAAGCUUCGCUAUGACUUCACGAAGUUAAAGGCCAGAGGCCGUCUGUGGGGACAACCACGCUCCCGCUAUGCUUCGGCUGCCUCUGCAGCCACGAGUUCACGUCGAUCUUUUGACACAAUCUCGCCCGCUCUCACUACGACGAAUGAGAAGCGUGUGCUCGUCAAGACGAUCUCGGCCGUGGCGCUCAAAAACGUCAACGAUAUUGUUAGUGACUAUGACAACGACGUCGUUGGAGUAACCGCUCCACUUGGAGCUGUAAGUUCCCUAGCUUAUCAAGCAACGCCGGUGGCGGUAGGAGUAUCGGAUAAAAGCCAUGAUGAGUUGGUGAAGAAAGUGGAAGAUUUCCGUGAGAUUUUGGGUCAGACUCAGAACACCCUUGGCGAAGCCCGAUCUCGUCUGGCGACUUUGGAAGGCGAUCGCGCCCGUCUUCAGAUGAUGGAGUCACGUCAGGCUCGUGUCGAGGCUCAACUUGACCUCUUAAUUCGAAUGCAACAUCCUGUGGCAACGCCAAUGUACGCGGCGCAAGCGCCUUCUAGUCAACAUGGGACGGGUGCCGGCAUGGAUUGA